UUUGUGCUAUCAAAGUGUACAUUUCUUUUUCCUUCUUUUGUUUCCCUCGAUUGCCUUCCUGUUUAUUCUUUUCGCUGAAUGUUUAGGAAGUGGAGUUGCUUUUGAUCUUUCAGUAAUUCUGUUUUUCGGAUUCGCUAAUUAGGAACCUUCCUAUAGUCUCUGCUAUUUAUUUACAGUUUAAUUUAUAUAGGUUGGUAUCUAUGUUUAUCGGAAAUGAUUUAGGUGAAAUUAGAAUAUAUAUGUAUAACCUGUCACAAGUGUAGAUUUUUGAUGUAUUCCCUACUCGUUCUUAUUAUCAGUCAUGCAUGUUAUGUUGGUGAAACGUUGUACUACCUAUGUUUUAUUUUCACAGUAAUUGAGUGUUGAUUCAUGAGUACACCAUCCAUAUAGUUUUAUCUUCAGAUAACAGCUUCAUCCAAAGAUGAGUUCCAGCAAAUGGGUUGGGAAUCCCUCUAAUUCAUCAGCAAAGCAGAAAGCACCAACAGUCGAUGAGAUAAAUCUAGGUGUUCAAGAUAUGGGCUUGAACUCUGAACAAAAUGAUGGAUGGGAAGUGUAUGCUAGGAAGCCCAAGAACAGAGGUGGAAACACCACUGGGAAACAAUGGUCUCCUCAGAAUCCCAGUACAAAAGCUUGGGGAAACCACAAGACUAAAGCUUGGGGUCGUCGAGAUGUUGUUGACAAAUCGGGAAUGCGCAAAAAUGUUGGAUCAGGACGGGGUUCUAGAUAUAACUGGUCUGCACCUAAUGAUCCUCAAAAACUUGCAAUGCCGCUGCAGCAUGAUGGAGGUUUCCCAUCACCUGCUGCAGUUCGUCCUGCUCCAAAGAAUGCUUGGGAUUGGUCUGCUGGAGCUGCCGCAGCUCAUCCCAAGGGUAGUUCCCCGGUUGCUGAUGAUGAUAAGGCCAGUGAACAUGAUAGUGAGGAUAAUGAAUUGGACUUUCUCGAUGAAAGUGAUGAUGACCUUCAGUAUGAUGACUUUGAUUCAGAUGUGACUGAAAUGAGUCAUGAGAUCCGCAAGAAAAAUAGGUGGUUCAAACAACUUUUUGAAUCUCUUGACAGUUUGACUGUUACUGAGAUUAAUGAUUCUGAACGACAGUGGCACUGCCCUGCAUGCAAGGGUGGUCCAGGAGCAAUUGAAUGGUUUACAGGGUUGCAAUCAUUGAUGACCCACGCAAAAACAAAAGGAAUAAGGGUUAAAAUACACAGAGAACUUGCUGAACUUUUGGAGGAAGAGCUACGUCAGAGAGGUACUUCUGUCGUACCUCCAAGUGAAAUGUAUGGAAGAUGGGAUGGAAUUGAAUUUAAAGAUAAAGAAAUAGUGUGGCCACCAAUGGUUGUGAUCAUGAACACAAGGCUUGAUAAAGAUGAAAAUGAUAAGUGGAUAGGAAUGGGAAAUCAGGAGCUGCUUGAGUAUUUUAGCUCUUACACUGCCGUCAAGGCUCGACAUUCAUAUGGUCCACAAGGCCAUCGUGGCAUGAGUUUGCUGAUUUUUGAGGCCUCUGCAGUGGGAUACAUUGAGGCUGAACGUCUAAGUGAGCAUUUUUCUGAAAUGGGAAGAGAUAGAGAUGCGUGGGAACGCCAUCCAGUUCGCUUUUGUCCUGGGGCGAAACGUCUGCUUUAUGGUUAUAUGGCAGAUAAAAGAGACAUAGAUUACUUCAACCAACAUUCAACUGGGAAAUCGAGGUUGAAGUUUGAGCUGAGGUCAUAUAAAGAAACUGUCUGGAAUCCAGCAAAGCAGAUGAGGGAAGAUAAUCAACAACUGAUAUGGUUCAAGAACAAAGCUGCUAAACACCGAAUGCAGGCUAAAGCUCUUGAAGAUUCUCUCAGUCUGGUGAGUGCAAAACACCGUCAGACACUGGAAGAGAACACGAUUGUCAGAUUGAAAACAAAGAUGCACCAUGAACAGACAAAGGAAGAGAUGGAGUCUCAAGAACAGUUUUUCAAGGAACAAAUCAACAUGAUUUAUGAUGCAAGGACUGCUCAGGAGGACAAGUUUGAAAGGAUACAACAGGAGCAGCGUGAGAUGGUCCAACAAUCUAAGGCAAAUACUUCCUCGGUUGAGGAUCAUCGAGCCAGUUUCAGGGCUGUGAAAGUUACGAACUUUAUCAAACUCCAGGAUAGGGAAAUGGAAGAGUUUGUGGAAGCGAGGGAGACUCUGAUGCGAACUCAUGAAGAUAGGAUUGUGGCAUUGAGACGCAGAUACUGGGAAGAGGAGGUUGAACUUGAGAGGAAAUUUGACCUUGAACUGGCUAAGCUUAUGGAGAGGUACUCUCCAAAGUAAUCUGAUCAAGUCAAUAGCAGUAGCACCAUGUGACCAGAAUUUUUAUAGUAUCCAAAUACCAUAGUAGCUUCAAACAUGCGAGAAAGGUCCUUUCCAUCUAUUAGUCAAGAGCGGUAGUUGCAAUAAAAUUGAUGCACAAUGGCUUUGAGUUGUACAAUUUUUUUUUAUCCUGGUCUGACCAUGUGUUCUGAUAAAUGCUAAAACAACCACUUCCCGGGAAACAAGCACAUGCCUUUAAAUUCUAUUACUAAUGUUGCACAACAUAUGCUAUUCAGAUAUUUUCAGGGUUUUUAUUUCUUUUCGGGUUGUGAAACUUGUCUAGCACCUUAUGUUUGAUCACUUAAAUUGUGGAUUUUCUUGAAGGAUUCUGCAGUGUAUCUGCUAAUUUUGAU